GAGCCCGGAGUGACAGCGGUCGGCCGACGCAGCGGCGAGGUGACAGCGGGAGAGAACUGACACGGCGAAAGGACAGUGACGGUAGAGGGAGGACAGUGAUAGCGGAACGGAGGACAGUGACAGGGAAAGAGGACAGUGAUAGCGGAGAGAGGAUCUGUGACAGUGACAAAACAAUCACUUUUUUAAGUGUUGUCGACGAAAAAUUCCAGCUUGGUUUGCGAGAGACUUCGGCGAUCGGCCGAUCGCUAUCCUUCUUUCGACACUUAUUGACACCGAGAUAAGCUGGUUUAGUGCAAAACUUUAUCUCAGCCGGCACUGCAGGGAGCGCGUCCCCAGCGCUCGGCCGUUCCGAAGCUCGCGUCGGCAGCUGUGACAGCUCCAGGAAGCCUCGGAGCGUCGUCAGCACCCCGGCUGGGCUGUGCGUACUGCGAAUCUCUGCCAGCAUCCGUGCCAACGCGCACUACUGCUCUGGCGCCUUUCUGACGGUGCUCGUUUGCAUAUAUUUCAUGUGCUGUGACUCGGAGACUGGCCGUAUCUUGGCAUUAAUGCGAGAUUCCAACGUUUGUACGAGAUUGGGCCUUUCAAGCGCUGGCAUAAAAUUAUGCUAACAAGCUGCUUGGCGUAGUAUUCUGACUUAAAUUGACCAUCGUUUGUUGGAGCCUCAGCCGUUCUUGCGGUGAAGAAAGAUUUAAUUCUUUCGCAAUACGGCUGCAUGUUAUAUUUGGCAAAAUAUCCAGCAUCGUCCAUUGUAGACUCUCCGAGAAGUGGCGUGAUUCUCCUGACGAUCAAUGUGUCCCGUAAAACUGAAGUAAAAUGUCACCGGGUCGGCAAAACUUCGUCAUAACCAGACAGAAAUAUAGUGCUUCGCUGGCACUCUAAAGUCCAGCGCGCUGCGUGGCUUCACCGAAUUAUCACGAGAGUGCCUCAUGGCGUGGUGUGAAUAGGGCUUCUGGAGUGCGUGGGCGACUGAACUAACUUUGGCGAGCUUAUCAGACCAAGUCCAUCCGAGUGGCACCUUGACAUUCGCAAACUGUGACGUCAGGAUAACCGUACGGCGAGUGGGAGUCUGCUCGCCUGAAGAGCUGUCUUUAAGAGCGAGCAUCGUCUCUUGUCCGCCUUACAGUGACGUUCAGUGGUGUACCGUACUCGGGUGUACUCGGUCGUACCUCGGUACACCCCUCAGUGAGCCCGGCACACACCCCGCGUCCCAACCCCGCUGCCUCAGUCGCCGCGUCAUGUGUUCGCCGAUGGGCUGUGUUUACCGCCGCGCCACGGUCGUCUGACAGGACAGCCACUGGCGCGGAUCGGACACGGACCAGAGCUGGACGGCCGUGACCGCCGACAUAACCGCGGGCGACACGGGCGACACGGCGCCGGUCACCGGUCACCGAGGCAGAGGGAGAGAGGGCUGGAGGGAGAGAGCUGCAGAGUGGUGAGCUGCUGAGACAGUGCCGGCGAGGGGCUCUUGAGUGAAGACGCAGUGGCUGGGAUCGCGAAACGACUGGGGAGGGAUGCUGACUGUGACGGUCAUGAUGAUCAGUUAGCGUGGCAGCGGCGGUGACGGUGGUGCUGCGCGCUCGGGUUGGCGCCGGUGCUGCUCUUGGUGGUGACGGCGGUGGUGCAGUUGGUAGUGACGCUGUUGCUACAACUGGUGCCAACUUUAGCACCAGCUGUGGCGGUGACUGUGGUGCCGUCCGUGGUAGUUCUCCGAUGGGCAACUACAGCUCGGCAGUGGUGACGAUGGUGCCGGGCAGUGACGGUCUUCCGGAGGGCACUCAGGUGUACCGUGCGCGGGUGACCACUCCCCCAGCGUGGCGCCGCAGUCGGAGCACCGCGCGCUCCCGGCCGGUCAUCUCCGCACCGAUUCCUCUGGCGCCCAUCGAGGAGGACGACGAGACGUCCUCAUCCGUAGCCGGAGGACGCAGGAGGACGCUGCAGGCCGGAGAGGAGGACUAUGACUCCAUAGAGGAAGUGUUCGGAGGACUGGAGCGCCUCCUGGGGCGCCACCAGUUCGGGGCGCUCAGUGAGGCGCGAGGCGAUGGUGAUGCGGGUCGCAGGGAUGCGGGUCGUCGCGAGGGGCCAUUUAGUCGGACAGAGGCGUUUAGGAGGGAUAUGGACGACAUAGAAAGAGACUUUGAUGAGCUAUACGGCGCGGCCCGGGAAUCUGAAGAUCUGUGCGAUAGUGGACGGGGUGCUGAUGAUAUUCGCGGUGCGAGACGGAAUUCUGCGGACUCUGAGGAGCUGUUCGGAGCCGAGCGUGGCUGCAUAGACCCAUGGGAUACCACGGAGCAGGAGCCGGGAGCCGGGGACGAGGAGCGCUGCUCCCUGGAGCCGGGUACGGUCGAGCGCGCGGCGUGGGUCAGCCGGGUAACGGAUGAGCCGGUCCCUCGGGACGCCUCUUCCGAGAGGUCGGACGGCGGCGGCGGCGGGGAGACGCGCCGCGGCCGCCUGUUCGUGGUGCAGGGCACCGAGACGCGGCGCCGGUACCGCUCCAACCGGCGGCUGACGGCCGAACAGCGGCGCCGCGCACUCCGAGACCCGGACGACGACGGUGACGGUGAUGACUGGAGCGGCAGCGGCCGGCGGCGCCGCGGCGAGCCCGGACACCUGCUGGUACGGCACCGGCGCGAGAGGCGUCAGGCCGCGCACAGCCUGGCGCGCGACGCCGUGAAGCGCUGGUACCUGCCCUGGCUGCGGGACGGCUACCUGGCCAGCGGCGAUGAGGAGGAGCCGCCGCCGCCGGACGACUCGGACGACGACACGCGAUCUCUCAGAUAUAUCGCCGCGCAGCGCGCCGCCGCGGAGACCGCCGAGCAGGAGGCCAGAGCGCGACACUGGAAGACGCACUCGGCACGUUACGCUGCCCACGCCAUGAUCGAGCUCCACCCGGAUGACCCGACCGGUGAUCCGACGCUAACCUCGACCCUGACCUCAGCGCUGACCUCAGAGCUGACCUCAGAGCUCACGGAGGUGAUUCUGGGGCGCGGCCGGUCGCCGGAGACGGUCUGCUGCGAGGCGGGUUUGAUGGACACGCACUCGGAGCUCUGCAAAGAGCACUGCAUCGACCGGUAUCUGGAAGUGUACUGCUCUGACUCCGCGCCCACCCCGCGGAGAGCCGCGAGUCAUCAGGACGCCGCACAGCUCCGUAGGUCGCUCUGGCUGUCAUCUGGAGCGCUGAAUGGCGCUAUCGAGAAUGCGCUACAGGCGAUGGACAAAUCCCGUCUCGUCGAGGCAUGUCUACUGCUGCAGUCGAGUCACCAGGUGCUGCGACAGCGCGGAGCCGGCCUACGCUCACAGGUGGCCGGCCUGAGCGGCGCCGGAGACGCGCUGGAAACACAGGCCAGCCAGCUGAGGGUCAAACUGAAGGCCAGCGAGGCCGAGGUGGCACUCACCAAGGAGGCGUUAGCUGCUCUCAAGGCCGACCGGAAGCGAUUGAAGGCUGAGAAGUUUGACCUGCUGAACCAGAUGAAGCAGCUGUACCAGACGUUAGAGGACAAGGAGCGCGAACUGAGGGAUUUCAUCCGCAACUAUGAACUGAGGAUCAAGGAAAACGACGAAUCGCUACGCACGCUGGCUGCUGAGCGCGACGAAACGGAGCGAGAGAAGUGGAAUAUCCUGAAGCACGCGCGAGAUGAGACGGAGCGGUCGGUGGGCCUGUCGGCGGAACUCAGUAAUAAAGACGGACAGCUGAAACACAUUACUGAGGAGCUCACCGGCUUGCGGAAGCAGCUCUCUCAGCUGGGCUACUACUCAGACCACGACUCGGCCAAGCCGCCGGUGAGCCGCGGUGGCCCGCCGCCGGCCGCUCCGUCACUCUCCCCGGCGGCCGCUCCGGCGCUCUCCCCGGCGGCUCUGGGCACGCCGAACGGCCGCGGCUCGAGCGCCGACUCGGGUGUACGGGUGAGCUCGGACCGCGAGUCGGUAGCGGCCGGCGGCGGCACCGGCGCCGGCGGCACCUCCGGAAACCUGAGCGACUCGACCACGUCGGGCGACGGUACGACCGGGUACUGUGUCACCGCCUGUGCGGGUGUACCGACCGCUGGCGGCGGCGCUGGCGACCCGGUGCCUACCGACUAUGAUUCGAUAUCAAUGGUCUCUUCGGCGACCGCGUGCAGCCCAUACUACUACUACACCCCAGCCGUGGAUGGCCAGCGCGGCUCUCCGACAAUGUCGCCGCUAACUCUAUCGCACGCCGUCGACCUCAGCGCCAUUUCCAAGUCCGCCGAACAGCUUGACUCGCUGGACCAGCUCGACCGCAAACUGCGACCCAAGGCUGGUGCUAAACAGGGCACCUGGGGCAGCAUAUCGCGGGUUUUCUCACGGCAGAAGCAGCGGAAACAACUCCACAUGGGCAGCCAUACGAACGACGACUCGUGGUCGCCGCACUCGUCGCUCUGUUCCUCGCCGCUGACGGACGAGUCGUACGCCGAGAAGCUGCGGCUGCUAGAGGAGGCGCAGCAGCUGCCCAUGGAGCGGUGGAAGGCCUCCAUGGUGCUCGCCUGGCUCCAGGUCACACUGGGCAUGCCCCAGUAUGGACCGGCCUGCGCGGAAAACGUCCGGUCCGGAAAGGUGAUGCUCGAGCUAACCGACGUGGACCUGGAGCGAUGUCUUGGCAUUCAGCAGCCCAUGCACAAGAAGAAGCUGCGACUGGCCAUCGAGGAGCUCCGUCAGCCGCAUCUCUGCAAAUAUCCGUACAUCUCACAGCUAAACCACGGCUGGGUGGCGGCGGAGUGGCUGCCCGACAUUGGGCUGGCUCAGUACGCCGAGCUGUUCAGCGCACACCUCAUGGACGGACGCAUGCUGGCCCACCUGACCAAGAAGGACAUGGAGCGCUACCUGAAUGUCACCAGGAAGUUCCACCAGGUGUCGAUGAUGCACGGCAUCCAGCUGCUGCGACUGCUGCAGUUUGACCGACAGAUCAUCUGCGAGCGUCGGCAGCGCAGCGAGCUGACGGGUAACGACGUUCUGGUGUGGACCAACGCACGGUUCGUGCACUGGGCGCGCUCCAUCGACCUGGCAGAGUACGCCGACAACCUGAAAGACUCGGGAGUGCACGGCGCUCUGGUGGUGCUGGAGCUCUCGUUCACUGCCGACACCAUGGCCACUGCCCUGGGCGUGCCUCAGUCCAAAUCCAUGAUCCGGAGACACCUGGCUGCCGAGAUGGAUAAGCUGGUCCGACCCGCCAGGGCACUCCUGGACGAGGAGGCUCGCUACACGCGCUGGGAGCAGGAGCGGCGCCGCCAGGAGCGUCAGCAGGAGCGCGGAUCAGGAGCCGGCUCGGCCACCCUCGGCCGGCCGUUCUCCCGCUCCUACGCGAGCGGUCUGCAGCGCUCCUCGGAUAAGGAGAAGCGCGGCUCCAGCCUCCGGAACAUGCAACUCCAGUUCAUGCACAAAAAGCCCUCCGCAUGGCCCAGUUCGCAGGGGUCGCUGAGCAGAGCGUUCGGCCUGAAGGCGCGCCAGGAGCAGCAGGCGAGGGAGCCGGUGUACGAGACACCGCGCGGGGUGCCGGUGACGGCUGCGGCGGCGGCGGCGGGGGCGGGGGCGGGGGGCCGGCCCGCUCCACCCCCGGACCGGCCCCAGUCGGUAGUGACGGCCAGCAGCUGUGAGACGCAGCGUGAGAAGCAGCACCGGCGUGUCAAGUCAAUCAGCGACAUGGAGACGCUCACCGUGACGCCCGUCUGAGGCGCCGCCAGAGGCACCGUGACCAAACUCUAGUUUAAUUUUUCGCCGGGAGAUGGUGCUGGGCGCGCGCGUGGCGCUCUGGCUGCCGCUGCUCUCGGUAAAAUGUGGCCGGCGCCGCUGUGAUAUAUCUGAGAGGCGGCCGACGACGGGCCGGCCGCAGCGCGCAGGCGGCGCCACCGUGGUUGCCAAAGCUCUAGUCAUGUCGCGAGCGGCGCGCAGCGUGCGGCGGCGCUGCCAGAGACCGACCCCCGCUGUACAAACGGACGGCGCGCCGCCGACGCCAGCUCAAGUCGUGGUGACGCGCGGUUCGUCGCAGCCCUGCUCGCCGGCGCGCGCAGGUCGACGGGCGUCGACCGUCGCCCUCACUCACUUUAUAUAUUACCGACGCGGUGCGCAUCGCCAGUGGCUAAAUAAAGCUUUACAUAUCCACGUGGGCGGUGGGCCGA